AUGGUUGUCCCGACAGUCACCCUCACCCACCUGAAUCGCGCCGAUGGCUCAGCAACAUAUACGCACAACGGGUACUCUAUCAUCGGCGCUGUCAACGGGCCAAUCGAGGUGCAACGGCGCGAUGAGUUGCCAGAAGAAGCCGCCAUUGAAGUCAACCUGAGGCCGGCUGCGGGCGUAGGAAGCCCAAGAGAGCGACACCUCGAAACCCUUGUGCACAACACGUUGCGCAGCAUUAUCCUGACGCAAUCGAUACCACGAACGCUGGUUCAAAUCACCCUGCAAGUGAGGAGCUUGCCAGAAGAAGACAGUACCGCAGGUGUCAAUACGUCUCUUUCUCUCCUCCCUCACCUCCUCCAUACUGCGCUUCUCGCCCUUCUCUCCGCCUCGAUACCCCUAUCCACAACUCUCACAUCUAUAAUCGUCGCGCAACCUACCUCACCUUCUUCUGCGCUUCUAUCCCCGACCGCCAACCAGCUCUUGCGCGCGAAACCCAUACGCUCAGUCCAUGUCUUCGCUUUUUCGGGCAAGAGGAAGAUGUUGCUGAGUGAGAGCGAAGGAUCCUUUAGUUACGAAGAUUGGAACGAAGCCUGUCAAAUGGCCGAGGAGGCGUGUUGCGGCGAGGACGACAGCGAAGAUCAAGGCGGCAUCAAAUUGGACGUUGAGGGCGAUGUGAUGGACAUUGACGCACAGGCUGAAGCAGAGAGCUUGGAAAAGUGGCUGAGGAGCGUGGUGAAGAGAAAAGUGGAGCACGAGCAGCGGUGGCGGAGCGCAACUUGA